UGUCCUUCCACUUCCAUGGUCUGAUGGUCAUAACUAAAACAAUUGUGAGAAAAAAUCACACCCUCCCUCCAUUGUUGUGAACACAUGGGGAAUUAAGUAGAUGAGCUCUGAGAGUACUCUUCUGGCUCAACCAUGGCUUGCCCAUCAUCAACAACAACAACAACAACAACAACAUGGAAGAAAAAAGCAACAUGCGACUCUGCUUCCAAAAUCUCCUGCAACUUCAACAACCCCUCCUCCAUGUUCCUCUUCUUGUCCUCCAUUCCCAACCAACAUAAUAAACUGCCCCGUUUAACUGCUUCCUCAUUAAACCCCUCCUCCUCCUCUUCUUGUUCUACAUCAUCAGCCUCAUCUUCUUCUUCUUAUUGUUCUACUUAUUAUGCAGCUACUUGCAGACACAUGAGAAAUAAAUGUACAGAGAAUGAAAGGAUCCAUGAUGUGAGUUUCUCAAUUAUAAAGAAAGUUAAGGCACAAAACUCUUUGAAGAUGGCAUCGAAAUGGGUUGCUAGAAAAUUUUGGUUUGCAUCCAAGAAGAUGAGGAGUAUUAUCUUGCUCAAUGUCAUCACUGUUGUCUAUGCAAGUGACAUUCCAGUGGUGAAAGGUGUUGAAACUAUCAUGGAUCCAGCAACCUUUUCAGCAGUGAGAUUUGUUAUGUCGGCCAUCCCAUUUUUGCCAUUUGUGUUUCGUGCUCGAGACGAUAUUAAGAUCCGCAAUGCCGGGAUGGAGUUGGGAUUGUGGGUGAGUUUAGGGUACCUUAUGGAGGCAAUUGGGCUACUUACAGCUGAUGCUGGGCGGGCAUCAUUCAUUUCUUUGUUUACAGUGAUUGUGGUGCCUUUGCUUGAUGGCAUAUUAGGAGCAAUGAUACCUGCCCGUACCUGGUUUGGAGUUCUCAUAUCUGCUCUUGGGGUUGCCAUGCUGGAAUGCAGUGGAUCUCCUCCAAGUGUUGGAGAUCUUUUGAACUUUUUGAGUGCAAUAUUUUUCGGAAUUCACAUGCUUAGAACCGAACAUAUAUCAAGAAGCACAAAGAAGGAGAAGUUCUUACCACUUCUAGGAUACGAGGUGUGUGUCGUUGCUCUGUUAUCCACAAUCUGGGUUUCAGUUGGAGGAUGGUUCGAUCCUGUCCAUGGUUUAGACCAGUCACCAUGGACAUGGACAGAUCUACAGGAUUGGAUUGUCGCAUUUCCGUGGAUACCUGCUCUUUAUACUGGCGUAUUCUCAACUGGAUUAUGCUUAUGGGUAGAGAUUGCAGCCAUGCGUGAUGUUUCAGCAACAGAAACAGCCAUCAUUUAUGGGCUGGAGCCGCUAUGGGGUGCGGGUUUUGCUUGGUUUCUCCUUGGUGAAAGGUGGGGUACUAUUGGAUGGAUUGGGGCUGCUCUUGUGCUCGGUGGAAGCUUAAUGGUCCAAAUACUUGGAUCUUUACCACCCAAUAAAUCUGUUGAAGCUGAAGAGGGUAAACAGAAAGGUGAUCUCCUGCUACUUCGAGACAAGCAAAAUAUGCAAAAUGGUCUCUCUGCUUCACCACUUGUUGUCACCACAAGGAAGGAUCCCUUCCGGUGAUCCUUAAUGUUUGUAUUUUAUUCAUAUUUCUUCAAAAAGCAUAAAUACUAUAGAUUAAUAUAAAUAUCAUUUUGCUAAA